GGCAGGAGGCCUCGUUUCGUUUCUCCCGGCUAAACGAACGGAGGCGGCCUGCGAGUUUCGGCUGAUGGGUGGCCCCGCCCAGAGUUGGCCCCCGGAACUACAUGUGACAGGGGAAGAAGAAGGGGGACGUGCUACUAGUACAGAGAUGCUUCCCGGCCAGGAAGAGGUGGCGACGGCGGAGAUGGAGAGCAGCAUGGCUCAGUCUCAGCCUGCCCCUUGCCCGGCGAUGGCUCAAGAGGGAUUCCCGGGCACGGAGCAGCGAAACUCCACGGAGGCGAAAAGAAAACCCGUCAGCUUGGAAGAAAUUAUUGCAGCCAAACCAGGGAAAAUUCCAAUUCAGCUGCUAUAUGAAUAUGGUGCAAAGACUAACGUCACUCCUGUGUAUGAAUUUGAAAAAGCUGAGGGACAAGAAAAUAUGCCAGUCUUCACUUUUAAAGUCACUAUGGGGGAUAUAACUGCAACAGGAGAGGGUCCCAGCAAGAGAAUUGCAAAACACAGAGCUGCAGAAGCUGCACUGAACAUUUUGAAAGGCAAUUCAAAUAUUUGUAUUUCUAUGCCAGACCAUCUAAUCCCUGAAUCUUUCAAUCAAGCACAGAAUCAGACUAAUCCUGUAGGAUCAUUGCAGGAGCUGGCUAUUCAGAAGGGUUGGAGACUUCCUGAGUAUUCACUUGCACAGGAAACAGGGCCACUUCAUAAGAGGGAAUUUACAAUGAUUUGCAGAGUAGAAUCAUUUGUGGAAACGGGGUCAGGGACAUCUAAGAAAUUAGCAAAACGAAGUGCUGCUGAGAAAUUACUUGCUAAAUUUCACAAUUUUUCUGGAGACAGUAUCAAUAUACCCUUAGGAAAUGAAGAGAGUCAUAAUUUGGGAUGCACAUGGGAUACCUUGAGGAACUCUUCUGGAGAAAAAAUAACUUGGCUGAAGAUAAGUCCCCUCAGUAUUCCCAAUACGGAUUAUGUUCAGCUCCUUGGAGAAAUUGCAGAAGAACAAGGUUUUAAUGCAACAUAUUUAAAUAUAGAAGAGCUGAGUGCAAAUGGACAGUACCAGUGUCUUGCAGAACUUUCAACCAAGCCAAUCACAGUUUGCCCCGGAACUGGAAUCUCCUGGGGCAGUGCCCACAAUGAUGCUGCUCACAGUGCACUACAAUAUUUAAAGAUCAUGGCUGGAAGAAAAUAAGCUUCAAGGAAAAGAAAAUAUUCAGAGACACAUAACUUAAAAGGAUAUGUGUAUCCAAGCUGAGCAGUUUCCAAAUUACUUGGGCUGUUUUUUAAAGUCACAUUACAAAAUUCAUCUAUAAUUAUGCAUUAUAAUGAAACAGUAAUUACAUCCAUUAUUGCAAGGUUUUCAUUUUGGAUAGCUAGACUCAGGAAGCCUAGAUAGAUGCAGUUGUGAAUUAAACACACAAUCCAGCUUUUUAGGAGGAGAUCUGACGUCUCAGAAUCCUCAGGGCCACACUAGAUAUUGCUCUAAAUAUCUUGCUCCCAACAGCAACAACUCAUGCAGUUCCCUCAUCCUUUGACAAAAUCAAAGUAAUUUUAUGAUAUCACUAGAUGUUACAGAAGUAGGGGCAGGGGGAGCUAGAUGUACAGCGGCCAUUUUUGGCAGCAACCGUGUGUUUAGAGUAAUGUCUACUCUGGUGUUUAGAGUAAUGUCUACUCUGAGUGAAUAGCUCUCAAUGACCAGCAGGACUUCUGAUCUCUCUGCACACCCUUUUCCAUGACACCAUCCCUAUAUGCUAACUAACAUUCCCUUAGUAUUGCAUGUCUCCUGUACUCUUCUUGUUCCUCCAUUUCAUGAUAAAACCUCCAAAUUCUGGGGGGUGGAGUUCUGCAGCCCAAGUGAACCAUUCAGAUGAAAUAUAUUGAGGCAGAAACUGUUCAUCUGCAGGAUUUAUUCUGGUUACGUAACUUCGGUUUUUGGGUUGCUGAGUUGGGGGUAAGGUUUAGCACUGAACGAUGGAACUGUUGUCUUUACUGUAUUAAGCUUUAGUGACAUAAAAUAGCUUUGAGUCUACACUUGGUAUAUACUACAGUUUAUACAGUAUAUACACUUGGUAUAUACUACCUUCAUGAAAACUUCUGUGUCUGGGAUCUUGAAACCAAAGUUGCUACUAUCUGACACUCCCCAAGGAAAUUAUUCUUAUGAAAAGCUUUACAUGAUGGCCACAGCAUAUUAUAAAUUUUCCGGUAUUUGGAUAUCUAUCAUUGUGUGAACUGUGGCCUUUUUAAACCUAUGGUUCGAGGAUUGAAUUUUAUAGAAAUAUUCUUUAACAUCACUGCCCUUUUUCAUAAGAUAUCUAUAAGUGUUAUUAGUCAUACUUUAAUAAAUUGUUUUAAAGAAUAACUGCAGUAACAAGUUUUCAUUUCAGUUGUUAGGACAUAAAUUCUAUAUAUUUGUAAUGAAUUGGAAAGCUAGCUUAUUAAAUUUUGUCAUAUCAUA